AUGAGUGUUGCCUUUGACAACGAGGCGGAGCAGCUCUCCUCCUCAGCUUCCUCGUCGUUCAUCUCGGAGGAGCCGAUGAGCGACCCCCGCAUCAACCCGUCACCCAUCCCUGCCGGCGCCGGCGGGUCCCCUCAACCGGGAGCCGUGCUGAGCUCACCAACCAGCGCACACGCCGCCGGGCCCGGUGGGCCGAACGACCUGAACGUGAACAAGGUCAGCGGGGCACGCGCAGGCGUAGCGGAGAAGCAGCUCAACAGCAGCCCGGCCUCGCGUGGCUUCGGCCGCUUUGUCGAUCCGAAGGAUGAGAACGGAUUUGCGGGGUACACGCGUCGCACGAACGGCGGCGCCACCGCGGCGGGAGUUGGCGCAGCGCACCCAAGCCCGGCGCGGGCGUUGAAUGGAGGCGGUGGCAGCGGGGCCGGCGCCACGGCAACGACGGCCACCACCGGGGCAACGCGACCAACGGCGUUUUCCGCGCCGUCGGCCACCACCGCUCUGCCGAACGGCAGCGGCAGCAGCAGCGGCAGCAGCGGGAGCGUCGGCGCUUCCGUGGCGGACUUCGCCAGGUAUGUGGCGGAGAAGUUCUUCAAAUGUGCUAUCUGCGAUAAGGUGGCAUUCGAUGCCGUGAUGAGCAGCCAGGGGUCGUACUUGGUGUGCCGCCGGUGUUCCGCUGCGAUGUCGAGCGCGACUCCGAUGGAGCUGCCGAAGAACGUGCGCGACGGCAUCAUGGCGCUGCGGGCGGCGGGCGGCAUGCCGGACAGCGACGGCGCAUCUCUCAUGGACCGCCGCGUGUUGCGGGCGAAGCGCCCCGGCGUUGGAGGCAGCGCCGCCGCGGCAGAAGCUGCGGCAAACGCGACGGCCGCCACCGCUACGCAGGCCGUGGUGAGAGAACUGGCGGCGGCAGAGGUGGCGGAGAUGGCGGAGCGGGAGCAAAUACUAACGAAAGAGAAAGCUGUUAGGAAGGAGCUGGAGUCUUGCAGGGCGGCAGAGGUGGCGAAAGCGUCCACCGCGCCGGCGCCGGCGGUGACGUCCACCAUCACCAGCCGUCAGUACAAGUUAGAGGCGGACCGGAAGUACGAGAACGCCGAGUACACGGCGGCACUCGAGCUGUACACCAAGGCCGUCUCCAUGCAGCCGGCCGACAAAAUGACGAACCUGAAGUUUCUGUACGGCAACCGUAGCGCGGCGUUUUACAUGGCGCAGCGGUACAACGAUUGCAUAGCGGACUGCCUUGAGGUGGUGCGGCUGGAACCCACAAAUACAAAAAUGGUCUCGCGUGCGGCGCGCGCGGCGUGCACGAUGGGCGAUCUGCAGCGCUCCGUAGACAUCCUGCUGAGCGUGCCGAAGGAGCGUCGCUCGGAGGAGAACGAAACGGACCUGACGCGCUACAAGGCCAGCCUCGAAACGUUCCGCCACGCCGAGCGCUGCUUCGGUACCGCGGAGGGGGACGAGCAGUACCGCAUGCUGGUGGCCCAGUACAGCGACGCCGUGCCGUUCCGCAUCCGCAGCGCCGAGUCGUUGCGGAAGCAGAAGCACUACAUGCGCGCCGUGGAGGUGCUGGAGGCGCUGUCCCACUCGGCCCGCACCCCGCUGGCGAGUCGCAUCAUGAGCGAGUGCCUGUACCUUUCCGGGUUUGAGCACUUUGAGCGGGCGAAGAAAUGCCUCAUCGACGCGGCGCAGCUCGACGACGAGUGUGCGGCACUGCUGAAGAAGAUCGAUGCCGUGGAUGACGGGAAGCAGAACGGCAAUAUGAACUUCAACAAAAAGAACUACGGGCCCGCGGCGGAGUACUACACGGCCGCCAUCCAGGCCGCCGCCGACAACGAUCAGGUCCUGAGGGUGCUGUACUGCAACCGCGCCGCGGCGUACAAGGAGCUCGGCCGCUACCGCGAGGGCGUGGAGGACUGCACCAAGACCCUCGCCAUCGACAAGGAGUUCUUCAAGGCGUACGCCCGCCGUGCGCGCUGUCACGAGCACCUCGGCGACCACUUCGCGGCGGUGCGGGACUAUAAGAAGGCGAUGGAGUACGACAGCACCGACCGCGAACUCGCACGGGAGCUGCGCGGGGCCGAACAGAACCUGGCCAAGGACGCGGAGCGGGAGAAGGAUUUCUACUACCAACUAGGCGUGUCACGCAGCGCGACGGAGCGGGAGAUAAAGUUGAAGUAUCGAGAGCUGUCGCUGCGCUGGCACCCGGAUAAGUGCAUGGGCAUGGACGAAAUGGAGCGCGAGCGCGCGGAGCAUAAGUUCAAGGUUAUCAGCGAGGCGUAUGCGACGUUGGUGGACCCCGCGAAGCGGCGUGAGUUCGACCUGAAGCAGGAUCGUGAGAAGUUCGCUCGCUCUGGCGGGUUUGGGUUUGCCUCGACGUACAGCGGCGGUAGCAACGAGUACUUCCGCGGCCGCCACCGCGCUGGCGGAAACGGGUUCUGGUAA